GGUUAUUUGCCGUAAUAACAGGUUAAAGACAUCAUGGCGACGUUACCACCGCGUAAGAAUCCAACACCGACGAAAAUAUCCAAGGAGGAUUUAACCCCUCUUCAAAUACUUUUGCAACUAGGUUUUCCCAAGCACAGAGCGGAAAAGGCCUUAGCUGCAACAGGGAAUCGUGGAUUGCAGCUUGCAUCCGAUUGGCUUCUUGCACAUGUUCGAGAUCCGACGCUAAAUGACAACGAACCUAGGCAGUAUGUUUUGUACACUUGCCCUACCGGUUUACUCGCAGAGAAGCUGCUUGCAUUCUGGACUGAAAGUAGAGAGCUGGGGUGGAAUGGAGCUCACAACUGUAUGCCACACGUCACCCUUGUUUCCUUCUUCAAAGCUCCAGAUCGAUCUGCGGAGAAAAUUGCCGGAUUGCUCGAAGACAUUGUGAAUCAAAAGGAUUGCCCGGACCAUGUAGAGCUAGAAACAUACAUAUCCCCAAAUUUUAUGGGACUUUUUAUCGAGGAUGAAUUUGCCAAAUGGUUAAAAGCAAUUGCGGUAAAGUUUGUCAGUAAGCUGUCUAGUCUUGGGAUUGUUGCAGAGCCACAUACAAAGUCUCUUCACAUGACAUUAGCGUACCAGUUUUCAGACAGUCUUUUCCAGCCACUCAGAACAAUGGUUGAGAGACUAGGCUGUACCGCACCUGCUAAUUGGGAGUUGAGAGUUUACUCGAGAGAUGCGAGGCUUGGAGACGCACAUGUUCAUAAAGUCACUCAUGCCCAUGUACCCAGGGAACAUGAUGAGCUUGAAUUAAGACCGGGAGAUUAUAUUUACAUAUCUGAAAGAGCGUGCAAGGAGUCUAUCGAUGGAUGGGUUGAAGGUACUUCGUGGUUAACAGGUAUUACCGGAUACCUGCCCCUCAAUCACACCAAACGUACCGCAGAGUCGGACGCAUGGACGCUUCAUUCUACGACACAAAUAACAGACAGCAGGGUUGAAACAAUCGACGAAGAGAUUCCAAAGACCAGAAAACCACCUGUAUUAUCAUCAACCGAAUCACUGGACAUUCCUGAUGGUGUUCCCACAGAUGACAAACCUAUUGCUGCAUCCAAAGCACCGACGGUCCAAUCGCGACAAAUAUUUAUUUGCCGACAUGGAGAACGAGUCGAUUUUACUUUUGGGGCAUGGAUCCCGUAUUGCUUCGAAGCAAAUGGUUGUUACGUGAGAAGAGACUUAAACAUGCCCAAAGAGAUACCAGCUAGGAAUAUUCAGGAGUUUCAAAACGACUGCCCGCUGACCACGUUGGGUGAAAUACAGGCAAAUUUAGUAGGUCAAGCCAUGAAAUCUUCCAAUGUGUCGAUCGACGUUGCAUUUGCAUCGCCAUCCCUUCGUUGCGUUCAAACCUUGUCCCAGAUACUCCAAGGAUACGGAUCAGACGUUCGUAUAAAAGUCGAACCAGGCUUGAUAGAGUGGCUGGCCUGGUAUCCGAACGGCAUUCCAACAUGGAUGACACCAGAGGCUUUGAUUAAGUCGGGUUUUAACAUAGAUGAAAGUUAUGAGGCUCUUGUAAAAACGGAAAGUCUUCCACAAAGGGAAAAUGCAGCGCAGUAUUACGAUAGGAGCUUUAAAUUGAUCGAAAAUAUAAUCGAACAAACUGAGGGCAACAUUUUAAUUGUAGCACAUGCUGCUUCUCUUGGAGCUUGUACGCGGCAACUUACCGGUGGUAGAGUCCCACCUGCUGCUGAAGUGACUAGACUCGUACAACGUGUUCCUUACCUCGCAUGCUUAACUGCUCACGAGGGCCCGGAUGGCUGGCAAUUACACCCGCCACCAUUUCCUCCGAUAACGCAUACCAGCAACAAUAGAUUCGAUUGGAAGAUACUGACGUAAAUCUCUACGUAAAGACGAGAAGCAACGAAACUGGAUUUCUAGGAAAAAGUUAUGUGAGUAUCAAAAUAAAAGUACAUACAUAGAAAAUAUGGUGGAGAAUAUCGCAAAGACUGCUAUAAUACAAUGAAUUUUUAAUGGAGAGUUUUAUCGUGAUGAUUUUUUUUUUUUUUUGUACAGCUUGUUGCAUAAAUAACAAAAUUAGUAUUUUUAUCAUCGUACAAUUGAAAUUUUUUUCGUUAGCAGUAACACAGUGCUAUUUGUAUCACUAUACAUCGAUAGUCAUCGGCAUUUCAAUGGCACAGUACUUAAAUGAUGAGUAUCGGCAUGGAUAUAUUGAAUAUAUCUGUGGUAUCGGGUUUACCUUAUUUAGUAUUUAGUAUUCUGUUCUGUAGGCAAUCUCGAUCUCUAUACUUGCAAUUUUACUAUUUAUUCCUCACUAUUCGGGUACACGGGCUUACUGGUUGCUACUAUUACUAGUAUUGUUACGAUGUAUUAUUAAAUACAUAUGAAAAACCAAUGUAGGAUUCAAUAAGAUGACCGUUUCUGUCAUUUCCAUUCAGAAACUGAUUAGAAAUUACGAUUAAUGUUAUUGGAAAAGAUAGAAAUCAACUGAAAUGGUGUUUCGUCAAUUAUUCAAAAGCUUUUGAAGCACUAAUUUAUGUGUCUUGUUAUCGUAGGAAUAUGAGGGAACAUUAUUGGGGGUUAUUAUUCUCUGGUUGUAUUGGAGAAACUCGCGUUCAUGUUCCCACUAUGUGUAUACAUACAUUAUUAUAUCUAUACCAUUUACUAUAUUAUUAAGUUUACCAAAGAGAAAUAAUACCCUAUGCAUUACAGAUUUCUGUAUUAAAGAAAUAUUUUAGCUAAAAUAAAAGAGAUUUUGAACCAAAA